AUGUUCCGCUCCCGAGCAGCUCUUGCAGAUGUCCUCCUGCCCGAAAUCUCCCUCCCAAUCGACUACUCUUUCGGCGUGCGGGUACCAACAUCUUCCAACCCAUCAUCAUCCAACCCUCUAGCACUUCUUGUGAACGGUUACACAGUCAAGAUCCCACUCAUCGCCAGUUCAGGCACUCUCGUCUCCUGGAUAGCCAACUACGCCGACGGAAAGGCAUACAACACACAGUUCACUUCCAUCAAUCCCUCGGCGCCUAGGAACAUCACCACAGACUCCGAUUCCACGUCACAGCAAGGUGGAAACAGCGUCUCAAACGCAACAGCAUUAGCAGAUGGCCGACAAGCUCGCGUGAUCACGACAUCUUUCUCCUCAGGCAACGCCGCAUCCGCCGCAGCUGCCGCCCUCGAUGGCACAAACUCCGAUUCCACGUCCUCAUCCGGCGCCGCAAACAGCACAGCAGUAGCUACAACCAAUGCCUUAGGCGAAGUCUUCAUCUUCACCUCCGCCAACACCGCCAACGCCCUAAACUCGCAAUCUAUCAAGAACGCCAAAGGCGCCGAAGCAGCAUCCUCCUGCGCCGCUGACUCCGGGCCUGCUGCGUCCGCACAAGCAGAGCAGGUCAACAGCCUCUACAUUCCCAUUGGUACUUCUGCAGACGGCAAGGAAACGCAAUGGCUGAAGAGCUCGGCUUAUGCGGCGUGUGCGGCGGGUGUUGAUUCGCCGAAUCAGGGAGGUAGUUCGAGUUCGGGGAGUCAGUCUAGUUUGACGGGGGUGAAGAGUAGUGUUACUUGUAAUGGGGCUACUAGCAGUGAUCAAACGAAGAGCACGACGUACAAGGUUAGUGUUAAGGGGAGGUAUACGUUGUUGAAGGGGUUUAAUGGUGCGGUUGGUGGGCAGAGGGUUGCCGAUAGUAAGAACGAGCGCAAUGGUGAGGCGACAAGUCCCUCGACGUAUCGCGACUCCUCCACACCACUCUCACAAGGGCCAACGUCGUCCUCAGCCAGCCACGACAGCUUGAAAGCUGAGCCUUGCGAACCGCUUGAAGUCGAGCAGGGUGAUACAGGCUAUCGAGGUCCAGCGGCCAAUGUGGUAGCCAGCAGACUACCGCAGGUAGAGGCCGAUAGGACGGACCAGCGUCGUGAGAAUGAAGACAUCCACCGCAUACGAAGUAUUUUGCACAAGAAGCGACAAUGGGAAGAUCGCAUGGCGGUUCUGCUGGGUGAGAAGAUGUUGGCAAAUGACGUGAAUCGACAUCUGGGAGCCACGGAGGUGAAAUAUCUACCCGAAGACGAACACACAACGGGCAAAGGAACGAUCGGUACCAACGGGCACCGAAGAAUGCACGAAUUCCUGCACAGUAAGGAGAAGAAGAGGAAACGAAGUGUUGAAGACAUUGGAGAUGAGGUCACGGAUGAUAAGGGUGCCAAGAGGACGCGGACAGUGCCUCGGGGCAUAUUGAAGAUGCACACAGAGAAGAAAGAUCGAUUGUUAGCCAGCAGACAUACCGGAUGA